AUGGGGCCGGACGGCGAAAGUCGUCGGGAUACAGGCUUUAACAGCUGGGGAAGCAAGAUCCUAGUACCCCAGCUCCUCGUUCCCUCGGGCACCACGGGGGCGGCGGGGGUUCCCCCUGGGCCUCGGUCCUCGCCUAGGACGGGGGUGGGGUGCGGGAUUAGGGGGGGGGGGGGGGGGGGGGGGGGGGGGGGGGGGGGGGGGGGGGGGGGGGGGGGGGGGGGGGGGGGGGGGGGGGGGGGGGGGGGGGGGGGGGGGGGGGGGGGGGGGCGGGGGGGGGGGGGGGGGGGGGGGGGGGGGGAAGUAGGGGGGGGGGUGGGAAGGUAG